AUGCCUAGAUGUUUCGACACCAUCAGUGUUGAAACAUGUACUGAAUUGUUUGUUGUUUUUCAGAGGGUGUUACUAGUGUUGACGCUGCUCAUCGCGGCAGCCAGUGCCAUCUUCAAAGGCAGUCCCCCGCCCCCCGUGCCCCCUGCACCGCCGCCAUUCAUCAAUGCGUUCGGUGGCGUCAAAUCGGCGUUUGGCGGCGUCAAAUCGGCGUUCCCCAGCAGCGUUCUCGGCAUCAGACCCCCACCAAUCAGCCAGCUCCCAUUGAGCUUUGACUCGUCCAUUGCCAAUGACUAUGCUCCUCCACCUCCUCCACCUUCCGGGUACGGACCACCAGCACCUUACGCACCAGCAGCCCCAUAUGCACCUGCUCCACCUCCACCGCCUCCACCGCCACCUCCACCUCCACCACCACCUCCACCUCCACCGCCAAAGGAGUACGGACCACCAGCUCCAUAUGCACCAGCUCCACCCCCACCACCUCCACCACCGCCUCCACCGCCUCCACCUCCACCACCACCUCCACCGCCACCUCCAAAGGAGUACGGACCACCAGCACCAUAUGCACCAGCUCCACCCCCACCACCUCCACCACCACCUCCACCGCCUCCACCGCCACCUCCACCACCUCCUCCACCACCUAAGGAAUAUGGACCACCAGCCCCAUAUGCACCAGCUCCACCCCCACCUCCACCACCGCCUCCGCCACCUCCACCACCUCCUCCACCUCCUCCACCACCUCCACCUAAGGAGUACGGACCACCAGCCCCAUAUGCACCAGCUCCACCCCCACCACCUCCACCACCGCCUCCACCUCCACCUCCACCACCACCUCCACCACCAAAGGAGUACGGACCACCAGCCCCAUAUGCACCAGCACCACCUCCACCACCUCCACCACCGCCUCCACCGCCUCCGCCACCUCCUCCACCUCCUCCACCACCACCUAAGGAAUACGGACCACCAGCUCCAUAUGCACCAGCUCCACCCCCACCACCACCACCACCACCGCCUCCACCACCGCCUCCACCGCCUCCUCCACCUCCUCCACCAAAGGAAUACGGACCACCCGCUCCAGCGAAAGUCUACGGUCUACCAGGUGGACUUCUUUUCGAUGACUCAUUCCCCAUCCAGCACACGAUAGCUACAUUCCCAACGAAGAGCGAUUUCUCAAAGAGAGUCUCAAGCACACCCUUCUUUAAAUUCUAGUUUGUAACCAACAACACCCAUCAAGUAUCGAAGUUCUUAAAAACUAUUGUAUAAAUUAAUUUUGUCAAAUCGCGAACGAAUCCGUCUUCAUUAUCAUGAUUGAUAUUAUUAUAGAUGAAACCUGAUAUCAAAAGUAGUAGCUGAUAUUUUCAUCCAUUUUUCAAGAAAAAUGGAUGGAAAAUACAGUGGAAUCCGAGGGGUGUCUUUUCAGAAGCAGUAUACUUAGUCAUUAAUAUUUAAGGUUGUAAUUAAUUUUAGUCAUAUUUUCUAUUUAUAAAGUUAUUUAAUAAAUGUUUAUAUGGAUAUUAAAAAUGACUCUCAUUAGAAUGCAUUUCUCUAC